AUGAAACCAGAAAAUAUAUCAGAUACUGUAAAAUUUGUUCUCCUGGGAUUGUCAGAUGAUCUACACCUGCAGCCCAUCCUCUUUGGACUGUUCCUGUCCAUGUACCUGGUCACAGUGCUCAGGAACCUGCUCAUCAUCCUGGCUGUCAUCUCUGACUCCCAGCUCCACACUCCCAGGUACUUCUUCCUCUCCAACUUGUCCCUGGCUGACAUAUGUUUCACCUCCAUUACAGUCCCAAAGAUGAUUCUGAACAUCCUAACUCACAGUAGGGUCAUCUCCUAUGUGAGCUACUUGACACAAAUGUCUCUUUUUAUAAAUUUUGGAUGUAUGGAUGACAUGCUACUAACUGUGAUGGCCUAUGACCACUUUGUGGCCAUCUGUCACCCCUUAAGGUACAAUGUCUUCAUGAACCCCAAACUCUGUUGGCUGCUUGUUCUCCUUUCCUUCCUCAUCAGUAUCCUUGAUGCUCUGCUCCUCACCUCCAUGGCACUGCAGCUGUCAUUCUGCACAAACCUGGAGAUUCCCCACUUUUUCUGUGAACUCAAUCAUCUUCUCAAGCUUGCCUGUUCUGAUAUCCUCAUCAAUAAUAUCCUGGUGUAUUUGGUGACAGGCCUGUUGAGUGUUGUUCCUCUCUCUGGGAUAAUUUUCUCUUACUCUCAAAUUGUCUCUUCUGUCCUGAAAAUUCCAUCACCUGGUGGGAAGUAUAAAGCCUUCUCUGUUUGUGGGUCACACCUAAUAGUCAUUUCCUUGUUCUAUGGGACAGGUUUUGGUGUGUACCUCAGUUCUACAGGUACUCAUUCUUCCAGAAAGAGCACAGUAGCCUCAGUGAUGUACACUGUGGUCACCCCCAUGAUGAACCCUUUUAUAUACAGCUUGAGGAACAAAGAUAUGCUGAGGGCUUUGUGGAAACUCAUCACUAGAAUAACAUCUUUCCUUUCAUGUCAGAUGCUUUUACUACUGGAGCAAGUCAAAGAGAAAUAA